AUGGAAGGAGAAUCUUACCACAAUGCAACUACUGUCAAUGGCACCCCAGUGAAUCACCAGCCUUUGGAACGCCAUGGGUUGUGGGAAGUCAUCACCAUUGCAGCUGUGACUGCUGUGGUCAGCCUGAUCACCACUGUGGGCAACGUCUUAGUCAUGAUCUCCUUCAAAGUCAACAGUCAGCUGAAGACGGUGAACAACUAUUACCUGCUCAGCUUAGCCUGCGCAGAUCUCAUCAUUGGGGUCUUCUCCAUGAAUCUCUAUACCACCUACAUCCUCAUGGGACGCUGGGCUCUCGGGAGUCUGGCCUGUGACCUUUGGCUUGCACUGGACUACGUGGCCAGCAACGCUUCCGUCAUGAAUCUUCUGGUGAUCAGUUUUGACCGUUACUUUUCUAUCACAAGACCCCUGACGUACCGGGCCAAGCGUACCCCCAAGAGGGCUGGCAUCAUGAUCGGCUUGGCCUGGCUCAUCUCCUUCAUCCUCUGGGCCCCAGCGAUCCUCUGCUGGCAGUACUUGGUGGGGGAGCGAACGGUGCCUCCAGAUGAGUGCCAGAUCCAGUUCCUCUCUGAGCCCACCAUCACUUUCGGCACCGCCAUUGCUGCCUUCUACAUUCCUGUUUCUGUCAUGACCAUUCUCUACUGCCGAAUCUACCGGGAAACAGAGAAGCGGACCAAGGACCUUGCUGACCUCCAGGGCUCUGACUCUGUAGCUGAAACCGAGAAGAGAAAGCCAGCUCACCAGGCUCUGCUCAGCUGCUUUGGCUGCCCGCGGCCCACGCUGGCCCAGAGGGAACGGAGCCACGCUUCCUGGUCAUCCUCCCGCAGGAGCACCCCUGCGAAGCCGGCCCAGGCCUCCGGCCCAAGCACUGAGUGGGACAAAGCUGAGCAGCUCACUACCUGCAGCAGCUGCCCCUCCUCGGAGGAUGAGGACAAGCCCACCGCUGACCCUGUCUUCCAGGUGGUCUACAAGAGUCAGGCCAAGGACAGCCCACAGGAGGACUUCAGUGCUGAAGAGACCAAGGAAACUUUUGUGAAAGGCCAAGCUGAAAAAAAUGACUACGACACCCCCAAAUACUUCCUGUCUCCAGCAGCUGCUCAUAGACCCAAGAGUCAGAAAUGUGUGGCCUACAAGUUCCGAUUGGUGGUGAAAGCGGAUGGGACCCAGGAGACCAACAACGGCUGUCGCAAGGUGAAAAUCAUGCCCUGCUCCUCCCCCGUGUCCAAGGACCCUUCCACGAGAGGCCUGGAUCCCAACCUCAGCCACCAAAUAACCAAGCGGAAGAGAAUGGUCCUUGUCAAGGAGAGGAAAGCAGCCCAGACCCUGAGUGCCAUCCUGCUGGCCUUCAUCAUCACGUGGACCCCUUAUAACAUCAUGGUCCUGGUUUCCACCUUCUGUGACAAGUGCGUCCCCGUCACCCUGUGGCACUUGGGCUACUGGUUGUGCUACGUCAACAGCACUGUCAACCCCAUUUGCUAUGCCCUCUGCAACAGAACCUUCCGGAAGACCUUUAAGAUGCUGCUUCUCUGCCGAUGGAAAAAGAAAAAAGUGGAAGAAAAAUUGUUCUGGCAGGGGAACAGCAAGCUCCCCUGA